GCUGACCUGGAACAUAUGGGACCAAUUAGUCACAGGCGAUCUGUCAGCUGGUGGAGAGGACUGCUUACCAGCCAAACCAUGAUGGCUCAGCUCUUGUGGAUAUGUCUUUCCUUCUUUUCUCUGACCUUUAUCGAAGCAAACGUGUUUCUGUCGCAAGAGAGUGCAAGCCAAGUUUUCAGAAGACAUAAGCGUGCCAACAGCUUUUUUGAAGAGCUAAAAAAAGGUAACUUGGAAAGAGAAUGCCACGAGGAGCAGUGCAGCUAUGAAGAAGCGAGGGAAGUGUUUGAGACUGAAGAACCAACUAUGGAAUUCUGGAACAAAUAUGUAGACGGAGACCAAUGUGAGAAAAAACCUUGUCAAAACAAUGCUGGUUGCAAGGAUGGUAUUGGAGAAUAUACCUGCCUCUGCAAUGAAGGCUUUCAGGGGAAAAACUGUGAAAUUGAAAUUCCAAAGCUGUGUGAAACCAACAAUGGGGAUUGUGAUCACUUCUGCAAGGUGGACAGGGACGUCACAUGUUCAUGUGCUGAGGGGUAUAAACUGGGACAAGACGGGAAAUCAUGCAUGCCUAGUGACCUGUUCCCUUGUGGAUUGCUACAGACUUCUAAAACCCGGUCAAUAUCUGAAGUGGCUGAACCGCUUCCAGCUCCAGAAAGAAAUCUGACUGAAGCAGAGAACAGAACUGACCUGCACCCCACAGAUACACCUGAAAAUGAAAACAGCAGAAUUGUGGGUGGGGGAGAUUGCCCUAUAGGACAUUGUCCAUGGCAGGCUCUUUUAGUAAACCAGGAUGGGGUGGGAUUCUGUGGAGGAACAAUUCUCAGUAACAGAAUUGUGCUGACUGCAGCACACUGCAUGAACCAAACCAAAUAUUUCACAGUCAUUCUUGGGGAGUUUGACACCCUAAAGGAUGAAGGCCGAGAAAAGACUUACCAAGUUGAAAAAGUGCUUAUUCAUAACUCGUACGUCCAAAAAACCUAUAACAACGACAUAGCCCUUGUGAAACUGAAGGAUCCAAUACAGUUCAGCAAGUACAUCAUCCCCGCAUGCCUACCCAACCGAGAGUUUGCCGAGAGAGUCCUCAUGAAUCAGCCAUUUGCUCAAAUCAGCGGCUUCGGGCGCGUUCAUGAGCGAGGAAGACAGUCCACCAAGCUCCAGAAGCUGAACGUCCCGUACGUGGACAGGCAUGUCUGCAUGGAGUCCAGCCUGUUCAAGAUCUCUGUCAAUAUGUUCUGUGCUGGCUAUGACCAAAUGGAAAUGGACGCCUGCCAAGGCGAUAGUGGAGGUCCCCAUGUCACGGCACACAAAGACACUUGGUUUGUCACGGGAGUUGUCAGCUGGGGAGAGGGGUGUGCCAGGAAAGGAAAAUAUGGCAUCUAUACCCAAGUCUCCAGGUACCUGCGGUGGAUUCAACAGGCUAUGAAGCGUCUCUAACAAUACACAGUACAUUUUUUGCUAACUUCUCAGUCUGUAUGUCUUGAAUUGUUUUCUGAGCCAUACAAGACAGCUCUUAAUGAUGGUGAAUGAGUAGUAAUAAGAACAAUUAUUAUAUAAUUAUGAGGUAAUACAUAAGUUAUGGAGUUUCUCCUGAUCUCGAUGGCCUUAUCAAGCAGUACUCAAUUGUGGCUUUUAUACCCUCUUAAUUACCUGAAAUCCUUGAUUUUCCAGAAGAGUUUCAUCUAGCCCUAUAUCGUUCACACCACACAUUCAACCUUGCUUCCAAGAACAGGGUUGCUUGAAGGGUUUAGAUACUUUCAUUUAUCCUAUAUCACUACAGUCUGAUAUAGCUGUCAAUGAAGUUGUGAUUUUAAACAUCAAAAUACUGUACCAACAUGUAUGAUGUGUGCUAAGCUUUCAAACCAUUUAAUUUUAAUCUACUAAAAGUAAAAUUCUUUCUUGAGCAAGUCAUACCUGUACGCAACAGAAAUUGUGCUUUCUUGAAAUGCCUGUAUGGCAGGUUAAAAUGUAUUCUUUGUUUGACAUUACACAGGUCCUGUUUAGUUCUUGUUAACCAGACACCUAAAUACUUCUCUUGUACUUUUGACCCAAUCAGUAAUAAAUAUAUUCUCUUUA